UUACUUUUACGCGGUGUUGACUUUCUCACCAGAGCGCGUGAAGCGCACCACAAACACGGAGGCUCACGGUGACAGACAAAGACAUGCAGCGGUGACCCACGCUCUGCUGGGUGACACACUUUAAAGCUUUACAGAACAGGAGAGAAAGAGAAAGAGUGAGCAGACGCGGUAGUUGUUUUAUUUUUUAAAAGAAAAAAUCCACAAUGACGGCUAAAACUUUGGAUAAAGUGCAGGUGAAUCUCGGGGGGUUUGUGCACCCAGAGAGCGUGUACUCGGUGGAUGACAUCGGCUCCAGCUUGCCGACCUCCGUGGCUAUCUUCCCCAACAGCGACUUGGGAGCUCACUAUGACCCGGUUAAUGUAGCAGAUGGUUUGAUGGGUGACAUGAGCGUGGAGAAGCGCUCUCUGGACCUCUCCUCCUACUCCAGCGGCUUCUCUCAGCCCGCCUCCCACCGCAACCAGACCUUCACCUACAUGGGAAAGUUCUCCAUCGACUCCCAGUAUCCAGGUAACUGGAACCCCGAGGGAGUCAUCAACAUCGUCUCGGGCAUCUUCAACGUGGCCCAACCGCCUCCUCCUCCUCCUCCUCCCUCCUCAUCAGCGUCCUCCUCCCCGGCUUCCUCAGGAUCUCCCCAUCACUUCUCCAGCGGAAAUUUGAGUUGCACCAUGGCGGCUCAGAACCAGGCAGAUAUAGACCACCACCACCACCACCUGUACUCCCCUCCGCCCCCGUACUCCUCUUCUGGUUGCGGGGAGAUGUACCAGGACCCCUCUGCGUUUUUGUCCACUUCCACCUGUCCCAUCGCCUCCUACCCGCCGCCCACCUACUCUUCACCCAAGCAGCCCAGCAGCGCAGACGCACCGGGGCUCUUCCCCAUCAUCCCCGACUACUCUGGCUUCUUCCAGCCUGCGUGUCAGCGGGACAUGCACCCGGCAGGUAUCCAAGACCGGAAACCGUUCGGUCCAUGCCCGCUCGACACAUUCCGCGUCCCUCCACCCUUGACCCCUCUGAACACUAUCAGAAACUUUACGCUUGGGGGUCCGGGUAGUGGUGGCUCCGAGGGAGGGCCGCCGAGGCUCCCCUCUGCCUACAGCCCCCAGAACCUGCCCCUGAGGCCGAUCCUGCGGCCCAGAAAGUACCCGAACAGACCCAGCAAGACGCCCAUCCACGAGCGGCCGUACCCGUGUCCGGCGGAGGGCUGCGACAGGCGGUUCUCCCGCUCCGACGAACUCACCAGACACAUCCGGAUCCACACCGGACACAAGCCGUUCCAGUGCCGCAUCUGCAUGCGCAACUUCAGCCGCAGCGACCACCUCACCACGCACAUCCGGACGCACACGGGAGAGAAGCCGUUCGCGUGCGACUUCUGUGGCCGCAAAUUCGCGCGGAGCGACGAGAGGAAGAGACACACUAAAAUCCACCUGAGGCAGAAGGAGAGGAAGUCCUCCACUGUCUCUUCCUCGUCCUCCUCGUCCAGCAGCUCCGGGGUGGAGAGGCCGUCAGGCGCCAUCAGCGCAACCAGCGGGAUUUGUUCAUAGUUCUGGAAAACGUUGUUGUCACCAUGGCAGCGUGACGCACACUAACCUCUUAAAAGAAAAGAAUUGUUAAAUAAUGAACUAAAGAUAUCUAAACACCAGGAUGGGAGAACUUCUUUCGUGCGCAAUUACGCACAUCCACCAAUUCCUGCUCCAGAACUGACAGAGAGACUGACACGAAUGCACUUUGCCUGUACAGUCUACUGAAAAUAAAAGUAAAUAUAGCCAUUAAUGCAUAAGAAUAUACAAGGGCGGUUGUAAUAUAAAGGGGAUUUUUAUAUAUAUAUCGCCAACACAUUGAGCGCGCAACAGGCUGCGCGCUUAAAUGUGAAAUAACUGCAAUAACGUUUUGAAGAAAACAGUUUUAAGUUAUUGAAUUGACAAAGUGUUCAUUCUAACAUGCUUGUUGAUGACUAUAUUUCCCCUUUAGUGCCUUGCUGUGUGUCUUUUUGUACACUGACUGAUUCAAGGACGCUUCUAAUGCAAUGUAUAUUUGUCCUUUAAUAUGUAAAGUUGGAAGACAUUCUAUUUUUGUACACAUUUCGUCUCGUCUAACUUCAAGUGUGAAAAGCAGUUCGUGUAAAACAAUGUUGGAGUGUAAAUAUGUUGAACUCAUACCGACUUGACAUUUUUGUUGUGAUGUGUCUUUUGAGACUUAUUAAAUAUUAUGGCGAUGAUAAACACAGCCGCUAUCAGUUUGGUUUAUUACCCAAAGCGCAACACGUUCAUGGAACCCAGAGCGGCGAAUACAAUUCUUUGAUAUCUAUUUAUAUUUGUAAAACAUCAGACUUUUAAA